AUGCUUGUCCCUAACAAACAGUUGAGUCUUGGUCGCUCCCACAGUUGGGACACACUAGGGGGGAAUGAGGGUCAGUGGGACAGGGCUGAGAGUGUGUACGAGCAGCAGGCAAGAGUAGCCGGCCGGCGGAGCUCUCUGUCAUACGCAGAGGGAGGAGGCUGGUACGAGCCUCCACCAGGAGUGCGUCCUCCUGACCUGGAUUUGAAACGCGACCCGUAUUCCUACCAAGAGUCUCUGUACGGGCAGGUUUACGCAGAGCGGCAGGACCCACGGGGGCUUAGGAAGGGCUCUGUGCCGGAUCUGAACCACUACGAACGAGCGCCCAUGGCUCACCGAGGAUCCAUCUCACAUCAGGAUUACUAUUCCCAUGACCCGGCCAUGACUCCGCGGCCACCUGAGGGCUUUUACCGGCCAGAACACCAGCCUCCGCCGCACCACCCUCAUCCACUGAGUAGGUCAGGCUCUCAUUUCGGAAUUGCACCUGGGGCUCGUGCUGUGUGGGAUCAAGGUCAGGGAGGGAGAGCAGGACCUCAAGCACCUUCAUCGCCUCUACCUCCUCCUCCCCCUCCUCCAACCGCUCACGAGUUGAGUCGGGCUUAUAGGGAACCUGGUGCUGUAACUGCUGCCAAAAUGACACCAGAUGGCCAACAGCGCAUACCCUCCAGAGAGCCAUCUCCUGCUCACUAUAGUAUGGAGCAUGCAUCUCCUCGGUACGCCAGCGAGCCUCCACCUCUGACCGGUCAGUCAGUCUAUAGUGAUAUUAAUAGCCGCCCACUGGAUGGGCAGCAGGCUGCUACCUGUCUCGUAGUAGAUCCUGCCAGUCAAGCUAUGAUGAUGAGGCAAGAAACGGCUUCACCCUACACCAUCCAACAACAGCAGCAGUUACAACAGCAGCAACAAAUACAGCAGCAACAACAAAUACAGCAGCAACAAUUACAACAGCAACAAAUACAACAGCAGCAGCUACAGCAACAGCAACUUCAGCAACAACAAAUACAGCAGCAACAACUUCAACAGCAGCAGUUACAACAGCAACAACUUCAGCAACAGCAGUUGCAGCAACAGCAACUUCAGCAGGAACAGUUGCAGCUGCAACAGCAACAGCCUCUGCCACCUCCACCUACCAUGCCUGUCUCUGACCCCAGCCUUUCUAUGACGGCUCCACUUCCUCCUCCACCUGCCCCUGUGCAGCCUGCCCCAGUCGCUCAAGCUGCACCCGCCCUUGUGCAGGCUGCCCAAACUUCAGUCCCUCCUCCUGCAGUCACUCCACUUCCUACUCCUCUUCCCCCCACUGCUCCACAGACGCCUUUGCCUGUGGACCCCAAGAGGACAGUUGAUCCUGAGUUUCUUGCCCUGCUGCGAAAUGAGGGCCUCUCAGAGAGCACCAUCUCCUCACUUACCCAUCAGGGAUUUGACUCCACCAGCAUGCUGGCUGUUAUGGAGGAGAAUGAUGUCCGCACCGUUGCUCCCAACCUUGGCCAGGCCCGUGUGCUGUCUCGCUUGGUUCACAACUGCAAGCGGCCUGUUGAGGCUACGCCAGCACCCUCCCAACCUCAGACACCCAUGCGAGGCCGCUCCAAUAGCUUCAGCCAUCGCUCAGACAUCUACCACCAGCAGCCGCACCACCAUCCAGCGCACCCUCCUCAAGCUUUGAGCGUUGAAGCCCAAAUUAUACACCCGCAGACCCCUGGGGCCAUGCAGACCAUCUCCCCAAGGAUGGGAGAAGUAAUGGGUAGGAGACCCAACAGUGCCCCCUCUCAGCACCUCCUGGAAGCCUCUGGAGGCUACCCAGGCCAACCACCUCGCUCCCCAGGGCCAUACGCUGGAGCACUGAUGCCUGUUCAGUCAAGACCCAUGUCAGCCUACUCCUCUGGUGUGACAGUGCCAGGGAUGCCUAUGCAUGGUAUGCAGAUAAUGCCCCAGCAAAUGACCGGGUCAAUGCCUGCCAUGCCAGGGUCUAUGCACUCCAUGUCGGGUAUGCCACAGCAGAUGCCCGUGUCCAUGCCAGCUUUACAACAGCCACCACAACAGGUACCAAAAGCAUACUCUACCAAUUACACAGUGCCCAUGGAGCUGAUGAAGAGGGACAGGAACUUAUUGCCAUUGUCACCCAUGCACAGCCCUCACCCCAGUCCUCAGAUGAUGCGUAAGGGUGGAGGGCCAGUACCGGAAAAUGCCCUCGUACCCGUGGGUGCACCUGGCCAAGGUCAAGGUGCCCUUGCUGCUAACCAGAAGCUAAGUCGACGCACAGGUCCACCAGUCAUCGUGUCCACCAUGGCGUCUCCAGAUACAAGUAUUCGGCCCCAGAUUAUGAAUGGGCCUAUGCACCCGCGCCCCCUGGUGGCGCUGCUGGAUGGGCGCGACUGCACUGUGGAGAUGCCCAUCCUCAAAGACCUGGCCACCGUGGCUUUCUGUGACGCCCAGUCCACACAGGAGAUACAUGAAAAGGUGCUGAAUGAGGCAGUAGGGGCCAUGAUGUACCACACUAUCACCCUGACCAGAGAGGACCUGGAGAAGUUCAAGGCGCUGCGCAUCAUCAUCCGCAUCGGCAGCGGCUACGACAACAUCGACAUCAAGGCUGCCGGAGAUCUUGGCAUCGCCGUGUGUAAUAUUCCCUCAGCGGCUGUAGAGGAGACAGCAGACUCAACACUUUGUCACAUCCUCAACCUGUAUCGGCGAAACACCUGGCUGUACCAGGCUCUCCGGGAGGGCACGCGGGUCCAGAGUGUGGAGCAGAUCCGGGAGGUGGCGUCGGGGGCGGCCAGGAUCCGAGGAGAGACGCUUGGUCUCAUUGGAUUUGGUCGCUCAGGCCAGGCGGUGGCGAUGCGGGCCAAGGCGUUCGGCUUCAACGUGAUCUUCUACGACCCCUACCUCCAAGACGGCUUGGAGCGCUCGCUUGGCGUUCAGCGAGUCUACACGCUCCAGGACCUGCUCUACCAGAGCGACUGCGUCUCCCUUCACUGCAACCUGAACGAACACAACCACCACCUCAUCAACGACUUCACCAUCAAACAGAUGCGUCAAGGUGCUUUCCUGGUCAACUCGGCACGGGGAGGUCUGGUGGAUGAGAAAGCUUUGGCUCAGGCCCUGAAAGAAGGGAGGAUACGGGGAGCCGCCUUGGACGUCCAUGAGUCGGAGCCUUUCAGUUUUUCCCAAGGUCCCCUGAAAGACGCCCCCAACUUGAUCUGCACACCCCACACCGCCUGGUACAGCGAGCAGGCAUCACUGGAGAUGAGAGAGGCCGCCGCCACAGAAAUACGCAGAGCCAUCACUGGCCGUAUUCCUGACAGCCUCCGAAACUGCGUCAACAAAGAGUUCUUUGUUACCACGGCGCCCUGGGGAAUGAUGGAGCAGCAGCAGCAGCCUCAAGUUCACCCUGAGAUCAAUGGUGCCGCCUACAGAUUCCCUCCUGGUGUGGUGGGCGUCGCCCCCGGUGGGAUACCCGGACCUAUGGAGGGGUUGGUGCCUGGGGGAGUGCCCAUCGCCCACACCCUGCCCCCCGGUACCCAUCCGUCACAGGCCACCUCCCCCAACCAACCCUCCAAACAUGGCGACCCCAUGAGAGAGCACAUGACUGAGCCGUAGGACUGCUGCUGUGACCGAGCAGGGGGCUAAAACCGUUGUAAACAAACAAAAAAAAAAAAACAGAAACCCUACCAACUCAACCAUCCAACUGUACGCUUGACUUCAGCCAUCUGAACCUACCAGCAGACUGCCUGCCGGGCAACGUUUCACACGUUUUCUUUUUGUAUGAAACCACUAAGCCCUGAGUGAGGACAGUGGAUGAGCUGCCACACUGAGAUGGGACUGACCGUCAAACUCAUGCGACGAUGAUCUGAAACCUUUUCCUCCCCCCCUAUCUGUUUUUGUUCUUCAUUGAUUUACGUGAUAUUUUAGUUUUUAUCUUUAUUUUUGAAUAUAUUUCAGGGGGGAUUCCUCCUGACUUCUGGGACACGUUGACAUUUCCACGUGCAGGAUGGAACUCCGACCCGUCCUCUCUGCUUUAACGUAAGAGCUUGAAGGGACAGUGACUUCGUAAAUGAUCCGUCAAGCCUCAUUUCCUCCUCUUCCUCGUCAGCUCCACCCAUUGCAGCGCAAACAUGUCUCGUGUUAUUUUGUUUUGUUUUUUACUUUUCCUCUGUUUAGCUUAUAUUCUGUGUUUCUGUUGCAAGUGAAUAUCUGUUUUCUGUUCUUCAGUGUGUGAAAAUGAAUGGAUUCACAGUUUUGUUUAGCAGACAAGAAAAGUCAGCUGAUGACAACAGCAGUAUCUGCCGUCUCCAUCAGAAAUCUGGACUCCAUCUUUACUCUUUUCUUAUCGUCGUGGCUGGUGGCCCAUGAAUGUAGAGACAAGAUGCGGGGCAGUAGUUCCAUGAAGAAUGUUUCGGCUUAUGAGGCAAAAUUACCCUUUCUAACCAAAAAAAAUAUAUUAAAAAAAGGAGGAUAAAACAGACUGCCAUUCGUGGUUAGAUAUUGUAUGUUGAGUGUGUCACAUCAAUUAAAUAUUGCUGUUGUAACUUUUCCAACUUUGCUGAACUGAGGUACCUACAAUAUUUGGUUAUUGUCAUGAACAGCAUCCCAAAUAUGACUUGUUUGCAUCCAAAGGACCUACAGUAUGUUGCAGCACCAGCUAGCGAAGUAGGAAAUUACAGAAACAGUAAAUCUCUUACUGACUCAGGAAAAAAAAAGAUCAACAUUCAAAUAUGUCCAAAUCUGACCAGAGAAGAAAAAAAAGACUGGAUUAUUGCUUUUCACGUCUCCACCUCUUUCUCCAUUGUGGUAUAUUUUUUUUAUAUAUAUAUAUCAAAUGUACGUUUUUUGAUGUUCAAGGUUUUCAGUCCUGUUAGAUUUGUAUUGCCUUGUUAAAUGUUCUUAUAAUCAUAGUCUUAUGUGAACGACCCCGCCCUCUCCUCCUUAUAGUUUCUUCUUCUUUGUUUUUCUGCUCUAAUGAAAGCCAGCUGUGGCUCUCGGGGGCAUCAUGCCCUCUGUGGACAGCAGCAGCCACAUCCAUCCCUUUUAGCCCCAUGAUGUUAGCAAGAGACGGCUGCUAGCAGACUGUUUGGUUUUUAGUGUGAGUAUUUGUAUUUGUUUCUUGUACAAGGUGAACAUAUAGCAUACAGUGCAGCUGGAAACAAUAAAUAAAACUUACUGUUCUGAUUGA